AUGGAUUGCAAGUCGCAGACUUUUAGCGGAGCCGAAGGUCCUGUGGGAUUACUCCGUUGGUUCGAGAAAGCUGAAUCCAUCUUUGCUACGUGUAACUGUCCAGUUAGGGACAAAGUGAAGUAUGCUUCGGGCACCUUGGAGGAUGGUGCCUUAACUUGGUGGAAUGCUCAGGUGCAGAUGCUGGGCAUCAAGAUGGCAAACGCUACUACGUGGGAUGACUUUAAGGAAUUGAUGAGAGAUGAGUACUGUCCUCGUGAUGAAGUGCAAAAGUUGGAGAACGAAUGCUACAACUUGAAAAUGGUAGGGUCAGAGAUCGAGGCUUAUACGAAACGAUCUCAUGAGCUAGCAAACACGUGUCCCAACCUAUCACGACCACCACACUGGAGAAUCGAACUAUACAUCAAAGGUGAUGACAGGAACGAUGGCAACGUCGUGAUCGGUACGUUUUCUGUCAACGAUAUUUUCGCCUCUGUAUUAUUCGACUCUGAUGCCGACUGGAGUUAUGUGUCUUUGGGGUUUAGUCGACAGUUAGGGUUAACCCCAACACCUCUCGAAACCAAACACGUAGUGGAACUGGUUGAUGGUAAGUCAAUUGAAGCCUCACACGUUCUCAUAGGGUGCAAACUCGAUCUCUUAGGUCAAGUGUUCGACAUUGACCUUCUCCCCGUCAUUCUUGGUAGCUUUGAUGUAGUCGUUGGUAUGGAAUGGUUGUCCAAACACCGAGCCGAUAUACUUUGUAAAGAGAAGAUCAUACGCAUACCUCUCUCUAGUGGAGAACCGUUGUCUGUUCAGGGUCAUCGAAGUGGUGCGGCAAUUAGCAUCAUUUCAGCUAUGAAAGCCCAAAAGUGUUUGCGGAAGGGCUACCAUGCUAUUCUUACGCUUGUUACUGAUACUCAGCCCGAGGAAAAGAGAAUUGAGGAUCUACCUGUUGUCCGUGAGUUUCCUGACGUUUUUCCCGAGGAACUUCCAGGUCUGCCUCCAUACCGUCAGGUGGAGUUUCAUAUUGAUCUUACACCCAGAGCAUCCCUAAUUGCUCGUGCUCCUUAUCGUCUUGCACCAGGGGAGUUACAAGAACUAUCUAAUCAACUCCAAGAACUGUUGCAUAGAGGCUUUAUCCGACCUAGUUCUCCGCCUUGGGGAGCCCAGUGCUAUUCGUGA